AUGGCUGAUCCCACUCUUUAUCGCUCGAUUGUUGGCGCUCUCCAAUAUGUGUCUCUAACUCGACCCGAUGUCUCUUUUUCGGUCAAUCGUGUCUUUCAGUUUAUGCAUGCUCCGACCGAGGAUGAUUGGGCCCUUGUAAAGCGAAUUCUCAGAUAUCUGAAGCAAACACAGUCUCAUGGUCUUCUUUUUGGCCGAUCCGCUACACCAUUCAUGCUCCAAGCCUUCUCAGAUGCUAAUUGGGCUAGAAAUGGUGAUGAUAGGAAAUCCACUGGAGGUUAUGCUAUCUAUCUUGGUUCUAACCUAAUCCCCUUGUCUUCUCAAAAACAACGAACCAUAGCUCGUUCCUCCACUGAAUCAAAGUAUAAAGCUCUGGCCGAUGCUGUUCUAGAGAUAGGGGUCCGUGUCAGUCUAAGCUAG